AUGUUCUGGCGCCCGUCCGGCUGGCGCACCCUGCUUUCGAAUACAGUACCGGACCAGACCCUUGCGUUUCCCGCUUCUCGGGACCCAUCAAGAUUUGCGAGCUGGAGAAGGCAGCCGUCAAUCCGAUACAUCGUUCUGACGGGUUGUACUUUGUACUAUUUGGGGUUGGCAAUGGGUUUGCGUUUCCCGCCCCUCGAAUGGAGCAUUCAGGGACGAGAGAAUUCGUCUGCCUCCUGUGAGGUGCGCGGCGGUAUGGAAGUUGGAUGGGUGCAAUGCACCAUGGUGAGCUGUGCUUGA